UAAUAUGACGUCACCUUUAGCCGCACGGAACCACACGUGUGUGUAUGUUGGGCUGCUAACCGUCUGAAUUAGAGCAGAUUUUCCUGUUUUAUCGAGGGUUUUAUUGUAUCGUGUUAAUGGAGGAGAGAACCGUGUGACCGCAGAUUCAGGCUAAAAGAAUCCCUGAAGCAUGUAAGUGUAGUGAUAAUGUAAAAUUAAAAAAUGUCCUUCCUCUCUGCAGUCAUGGCUGAGAAAGAAGAAAGCACUGUGGAGAUGGAGGAAACAAACACAAACAGCAGAGCUGAAGAUGAGGAAUUGGCUGAUGGAAAGGAAGAUGGGCUGGAACAGGAGGAGGUGGAAUGUGCUAACCUAGAGGAAGGUGGAGGGGAUGAGGAUGAGGAUGAAGAUGAUGAUGAUGAUGAAGAUCAGAUAGAUAAUGAGAGCAAGAAAAAGACUGACCAGGACAAGGGGAAGAAGUGUGUCCCGGGCAUUGUGUACCUGGGCCACAUUCCCCCGAGACUGAGGCCCAAGAACCUGCGGAUCAUGCUGGGUGCUUACGGAGAGAUCGGGAGGAUCUUCCUCCAGCCUGAAGAUCACUCUGUAACGAGAAAGAAGAGAAAAGCUGGCAACAAUGGGAAGAAUUUCAUUGAAGGCUGGGUGGAGUUCAGAGAUAAACGUGUCGCUAAGAGAGUCGCAGCCAGUCUGCACAACACGCCCAUGACCAACCGCAAGAGGAGCCAGUUCAUCAGCGACCUCUGGUCCCUUAAAUAUCUGCACAGGUUCCAGUGGUGCCACCUGAGCGAGAGGCUGGCGUACGAGCAGACGGUCUAUCACCAGCGCAUGAGGACCGAAAUCUCACAAGCCAAGCGCGAGACCAACUUCUACCUGGCCAGCGUGGAGAAGAGCCAGACGCUGGACCGGCUGAGAAAGAAGAAGCAGAAGAAGGGCGAGGCCGUGCAGGACAAGAGCUGGGACUUCACGCAGCGGAGAACGGAGGAUGAAAUGAGGCUGGAGAAGAUGAAGAAGAAAGGCCUGUCCAAAAAGAACCUGCAGAAAGCUCAGGAGAAGAGCAAAGCCAUUCAGGAGAAAGCCCAGUCCAAUGUGUCUCUGCUGGCUAAGAUCUUCAGCAGUGGAAGAUCUAAGGACUGAAGGAUUGUUUAUAGAAUUUAAAGUGAGAACUGUACACAGACUUGUACUUGUAGAUGACUUUCAGUGUAUUUGUACUUAUUUCAAGAAAGAAAACUUCCAAGACAGACUUUGAGUAAAAAGAUUUUUGGUAUAGUAUGAUAUAAUCCCAGAUACUUGAUGAAACAAAGGAAAUAAGAUCUAUAGAAAAUAUAUAUUUAAAAAUAUGUCAGUUGUUUUCUCUUGCCUUUUAGAACAUGAUUUAAGUGUGAAGAAAAAAAAACAUUAUUUCUAAUGUAUUGUCCAUUUAAAACAGUUGAUUCUAAAGGCUGCAAUGCAUAAAACAUUUAUUCAUGUAUGAAAAUACAUUUUGCUUAUUUCUCAUCUCCAUUUAUACAGUCUUAUAAUCAUUAUUUAGAGGGUCUUAAGUUUAUAUAGGACCAUGACCAUUUAAAAAACAUUUAAUUGCACAUGUUCUAAUGAAUGCAUUCAGCUACUUUAACUUGCAGCACCCAUUUGUUCUUAAUUCAUCUUAGUUCUUAAUUUAAAUGUUAUUUUUUCGAUCUUUUUUAAUUGUAAAUGCUCGGCUGGCAUAAAAAAAAAAUAGGGUUACCCUAAUUUAUUCCAAAGUGAAAAUAAAUGUAGGUAGGUUGAUUGAUUGAUUUAAUUACUAAAUUAGCCAAAUUAGACUUUUCGUCAUUUCGUGUUUAAAGGAUAUUGUGACAAGGAUUCAGUCAAAGCAGAGUUGGGUUGGGUUUAAAAAAAAUAAAUAAAAAAUUCCAGGCCAGUUCUUAAAAGAUAUUAUGUGUUUUUAUUUGAUAGAAGUGAUAACAGCCUUUUUAUAAGCAACAACAUUGUUAAAGUAACACGUAUAUAUGUAGAAAGGUUGGAAAAAAAUACAUUUAUUUUUUAGAAUAUGCUACUGUAUGAAAAUCCAAGGCAAUCAGUCAGUUUGAAUUAUGAAUUUCUGUACAUACUGUAAUUAAAAUACAUGAACAUAAUGCACGUGUGGAUAAAACACAGUACACUAAACGAAUAAAGAACAGUCAGUGGUUGAUA